CCAGCCCCGGCCGGCGGCGGGGGGAGGCCCCGCGGAGGCUCCGCGAAGGGUCUGGGGGCCCGAGCGGUCCGAGCGGGCUCCGGAGAGGCCCCGAGCGGACCCCGAGCGGUGCCGGCCCGGGCCGGGCGGAGCUGCUCCCGGAGCCCACACGGGAGCGGCCCGUGAGCGGAGGUGGGCGGGGCGGCGGGGCCGCUUCCUCCGGCGGCGGCGCGGGGAGCCCGGCAUGGAGCGGGCUCCCCAAGGUGUGUUCCAGGAGCAGCUGGAGUGGUGCAUUUUGCAACUGGAGGCAGAUCUCCAUCUCACUCCACACCCCGAACGAGCAGAAGAGACCCAACACAUUCUCAAGGUCCUGCGCUGCCCUGAGACUCCUCUUGCAGAGAAGCAACAAGUGCUAAGCAAUGUGUUUGGGGAUUGUCAUCUCAAGAUGGAUGAGGGUCAGAGGAGCAUGAAGAAAGGUAUGAAACCUGAUGUUGUGGAAGUACAGCCAAGCAAGGGGCAGGCUGCAGAUGGUGUGAAACAGUUUGACCCAACCCCUGAGGCAAGGCCAGAGUUGUUCACAUCAUCUGGCAGCAGCUUCCGAUUUGAUUUCACACUUUCUGAGACCAACCCAGAAGCUGACCCUGGUGACAGUGGUGCUGAGCAGGUACAGAACAAUGUCAGAGCCACCAAGCAGGAGAACUGCAGUGCAGCCUUGAGGUUUGCUGCUUCUGGACAAGAACCCAAGUUUGCUUUCAACUUUGCCAUCCCAGAUGAAGACUGUCCUCAGCUUCAGUUACUUCCAGCAAGCCAACAUACAGAGCACACAGCAGAUCCUCCACUGCCUGCUGAAUCAGCAGCUCUGCCACAGGCUGCAGCCUUGCAGAAGCCUGAGGUGACUCAAGUGUCAGGGAAUGUACCCAAAGAGGAUAGAAGCCAUGUCACAUCAAAGAUCCCCCAAACAGAGACAGCCCCUCCAGAUGAGGCAGUGACAGAGAAAUCAACAGGAGGUGGAGCUGCCCAGAAGAAGAAAAAGAAGAAACAAAAACCACCUGUCAGUAAAAAGAAAACAGAAGAAACUGAGACCGGCAGGAAGGCAAAGGCAGAAGCUAACAGCUGUCAAAAUACGGAUACUUCCCAUCAGGAUGAGAAGACCUCUCAGUCAGAUGAGCAGCUGCGGAAAGAGGUGGACUGGUGUGUGAACCAGCUGGAACUUGGCUUGAAGACACAGAAACCCACUCCAAAGCAAGCUGAGGAGGCUCUCAGGGCAAUCAGGACACUGCGCAGUGACAAGGCUCCACUGGUGAAGAAGCGUCAGCUCAUGAGAGCCAUGUUUGGAGACUACAGAAAGAAGAUGCAGGAGGAGCUGUGCAGGGAGCUGAAGCUUAUGGAAACAGCUGCAAAAUCUGCCAGGAUCGUGGAGUUGAAGGGAAGCAUCUGCAAGAAGAAUGGCCAGUUUAUCCGGAAGUGCUCGGGAGCCUGCAGGAAAAGCCAAGGUUCAGCAGAAUCCCCUUCAGAGUCCCACAGGACACUUAACACAGGCUUAUUCAAUUUCACAACUCCCCAAGAAGAAUUUCGCUUUAAUUUCUUCUAGAAAAGUCACUUAGACUGAAACCGUGCCAGAUCUCCUAUAAACUGAAGAAUGGUAGAAAGAUGCUGUGCAGUAGGAAAUGCCAUGCAUGAAUCUCUGGAUCCUCUUCCAGGGUGCCUUAUGUAGAAGUUUAAACCUGAUCUGCCUGCUAUGCAUGUGACCCCAAAACUCAGCCUACAUGGUGCUCCUCUGUGCUCACACUGGAGAGAGGCACCUUUGAAAGGGUCGCCAGUGUAGAAGGAUCUGCUUUUCUUCCUGUAGAAUUGACAUUAACUGUAGACUCUGUCUUUUAUACCAUGAGAUCAUCCCAUUCUCCUGUUGCUUUUAAAUAGAGCAGAGCUUUUCUAGCAGCUGAGGUGGCAAUGCAUCCAGCAGGGAAUGGUUUGGAAUCAAGAUCCAGCAGUGGAUAGUUGGAUGCUUCCACUCCAUGAGUCUGUGUGAAUGCAGCUGCUGGCAUCCAGCAAACACCAGCAGUGUUUGCCAUCCCUGACAUGGAGGAGCACGAGCUCAGGGCCUUUGGGGGAACGUGAGUGAGAACCGUUUUUGCUCAUUCAUCUCUUUCACUGACAAGUACAGCCCUAGAAUAAAACUGCACAUCAUGAUUUAAUCCAGCCUAGGGAUGUAAGGACAGUUGUUUCCAGGAAAACAGGGAAAAUUUUUGUUGCUGAAGCCAGGUUGUGCACAGCUAGGAAGGACGUACAAUCAACUCUUAAAUAAAGUUUACUUUAUAAGUAGCCCAGUUACAACCACCAGUGCCUCAGAGGGGAAAUUAGCUGCAUGCCAGCCUUGGGUGGUAGUAAAAUGAACUGUCACAGCUCUUCCAUUUGAUUUGUAUUAAAUUUUGGCUUUUUGAA